GGAAAUCAGCAGAUUCACCUAUGUGUAUGCGAUGCACAGGGCAGCCUGAGACGGUGAUUCAUAUUCUGAGGGAUUGCACCCCAGCGCUUUUUUUCUAGUCCAGAGCGGUGUCGCAGCAGAAGCAGCAUGAGUUUUUCAGCGCCACUCACGAGGCCUGGUUCCGCAGUAAUCUCUUGAGCAAGGAGUCAGCGAGCUCAGGUAUUAGUUGGCCUGGUUUUUUCAGUAUGGCAUGCUGGUUAUUACGGAAAAAUCGCACCACUAUGGCGUUCAAGGGAGCUAGUGCAGCAAUGACAGCACCCUCACUCUGGCACUCCAUUAUGGUUAAGAGCAAGCUAUGGAAUGAUUCCUGGCAUGCCCCAUACCCAUUCUCCAAUCCCAAGAAACAGGUGACGGAGCGGUUUAUGGCGGACAUCGGUUGGGCGCCUCCUACGGAAGGUUGGGUUAUGGUGAACACGGAUGGGGCUUCUAAUGGAAACCCGGGGCCAGCCGGUGCCGGUGGGGUGGUGCGAGGUCCACUGGGAAACUGGUUGGGAGGUUUUGUGGCAGGAAUUGGCACGGCAACUGCCGUUCUGGCGGAACUAUGGGCCAUUUACUAUGGUUUAGAGCUCACAUGGAAUCUCGGUCAUCGGAUGGUGAAGUUAGCUUCGGAUUCUCAGCUUGCGAUUCAGCUGAUUCAGGAACGUCAUGAUCCCAUUCAUCCCUAUGCGACCCUUUUGAACCUUAUUCGCAGGAAAAUCGGGCAAGAUUGGUUGGUUAGCUUGACUCAUACUUAUUGCGAAGGGAAUAGAGUCGCGGACUGGCUCUCGAAGCACAGUCUCGUCUAUCCCUACGGUAUGCAUGAGUUAGCUGACCCACCUAUAGGGGUUAUCCCGCUGCUGCAAGAUGAUGUGAUGGGUGUUACCUUUGAGCGCCGGGUUGUGGCGACCUCCUCCUCUACUAUCUAGUCUUCCUCUAUAACCCCUCUCUUUCUUGGCUUCGGCCUCCCUUGUCAUAAAAAAAAAAUAUAUAUAUUUUGCGAUAAAGAGACGACCGUCGGCAAAGUGUGAAGCCUUAGCUUUUGAAGGGCACAUAAUCCUCGUGUAGGGAAAAGGGGGGCAUCGGCAUGCCAAUUACCUCUCUUUUCUUUACUCAAAGGCCUCCACUUCCCUAUUCUGAUCAAACAUUUUUAUGCAAAUCAGAAAAGUAAUUAAAGAAAGUGAUACUUUCACA